AUGGAGGUCCCCGCCCUUGAGGACUCGAUGGAAAUGGCCUCACCCUACCAGGGUCAGGCCGAUGACUUCGAUAUCGAUAUCGAUCUGAUGGAAGAUCAUCCCUCCAACAUCGACAGUGACAUGGUGGGCGCUGAUGAUUUUCCGAACACAUCCCAACCUUCUCUUUUCAACGAUGUGAACAAUGAUGCCGACAUGGCCGAUGAGGAUCCUUCUGAAGGGUCGAUGGUCGACGCUGACAACUUCGUCGACGAAGACCACGACAUCGAAGUCCAGGACGACGAUGUUACCUACGAAGCAGAUAUGCUUGAGGGUGAUCAGGACGAAGAGAUUGUUGAAGCUGUUCCGACUAUUCAGAUCGAAGAUGCGGCCAGUAGUAGUGAUGUGACCCACCAAACCGACCAAAAUAUCACCGAGCAAACCGAGAGUAUUAUCGGAUUGACCCCACAAGCUCAAGAGCUACAACCCCCGCCGGCUACCCCCACAAAUGAGGCAGAAGGCCUACAACAUGAGCAAGAGCCUCAGCCUGAGCUCACGCUCGACCAGCCGGAGCAGCACGACCACGGGAUCUCUUUGGAGCCAAAGCCAGCCGAACAGGAUCAGGCCGACAAGCCCAAUGAACCCCAAGGUUCUGUUGCUGCUGCUGCUGCUGCUAGUGAUGAUAUCGAUCAGGAAAGCCUAGAUGAAGGAGCUAAUGCCACCACAGAGGAUAAGGCUGUAACUGCCGAGACGCAGCCUGGUCAUCAAGAAACAUCUAUUCCUGAAGACAUUGAAACAAAGCAGGCUGUCGAAGUCCAGUCGUCUUUCGCUCCAGCCAUCGAUGAUAAUUCUGAGCAUCCUGAACACCAGGAUGUAGACCAUCACGAAUCUCACAGGGAAUCCCAUGAGGAUCAGCUGCAUAGCAGCAAUGAGAAUGAAUCUUUGCACCCAGUGAAGGUGCUUUACCAGGAUAAUGAGAUCUCUUUUUUCCACCGCUUGAAGGCGACUCGGCAGAGACCUUCUUUUUGCACGACGAGGAUGUCGCAUAAUGUUGCGGAUGACGAAGUACUUGUUAUUGAUAUUGAUUCGCUUGGUAUUCAACUAACAGAGGACUCAACGCACAAUUCUAAGAUGACCUUGCAUCAUAUUCUGGACAUUUACACCCGGCUUAGUCAAAAUGAUGGCACCAGCGAACCCGGUGCGCUUUACCUCACUCUUGGAAGCAAAAUCUCCGCUCAUUCCGAGCUGGCUGGUCUUGACUCUGCUGCACAUGAAGGCAAAGGCCUAUCUCAAAUUCAUGCAUGGGAUGUGGACUAUGAAGACGCCGGUCACGAAGAUAUGCCUGUGCAUGAAGAAGAUUCUUCUGCAGGAGAUUCGUUCACCGGCAAACCUCAGACGGAGAAGCCCCUUGAAGUGAACGAAAUUGGCCAGAAUAAAACCACAGAUGAGGCCAAUGCCCAAGAAUCGGCGGCCCCAGCUGAGGCUCAUAAUGAAUUUGUCCCCAACAAUCAGGAGACCGACGCCGGACUUGCAGAAACUGAGCACCAUCAAGAACAAGAAGAAAAUGCCACAACUGAGGAGACUCGCGAUGUAGAGGCGAAUGAGUAUCACCAUGGAGAUGAAACAAAAGAGCAUGAUAGCUUUGAAGACCCAAAGACCGAAUCCUCCACUACCAUCAGUUUACUGCCAGAAUCCACUGCGCAGCUCGCAGAUGUCCCUGUGGACGUGAACGAAGCUGCCCCAGAACAUGCUGAGCAAGAAUACCAAGCCGAUGACGACAAGAGUGGGCAAGACUCGAACCACAAAACCUCUACUUUUCAAGGGGCCGAUGGGCAUGAGCAGGACCAGAACCCUGAAGAGUCCCAAGAUGAAGUUUCUUACGAGGAAACGGAGGCGCCAGGAACCGUAGUUGACACCGAUGCUAUUGAUCUCACAUCUGCCCACGACGAAGGACUUGUCGACGCACCUAAUGUUCGGAUCGAAAACCAGGAAGGGCCAGCCGACGAAGGUGAAGACCAUGAAUCCCUGGGAAAAUCCGAGUCAACGGUGGAUAAUGCACCGCAGGAAGAAGGCGCUGGAUUUGAAGAGCACGAUCUAGAUCCUGAGGACGACUUGCUUGGUAUCGCUGAAGACGUGCUGCAGACUACUCAGGGUGAUUACGAUGAUCAGCCUGAGAAUUCCGAAGAUGAUUUGACCACACCCCCGGCGAAGAAGUCGAUGGUCGUGAACCCCAUACCGGCGAGGACGAAGAGGACGACCUAUCACUCCCUUGCUGACUCCCAACCCCACGAUAAUACGUCUACCAAACGAUCUCGAGAGGAUGACGAGUGGGACUUUGCGGACGCCGACCCCGAGCUCAAACGCCGUCGACCUUCGUAA